ACGUCACUUCCUCUGCGGAGAGCGCUGGCGCCGGGGACGGUCGGGUGGUGUCGGCGCGGCGGCGGCGGCGGCGUUGGGGAGCGGCGCGGCGGGACCAUGAGCGACAGCGGCGAGCAGAACUACGGCGAGCGGGUUAAUGUUGAAGAAGGAAAAUGCGGAAGUCGCCAUUUGACAAGUUUUAUAAAUGAGAAUUAUUUGAAGCUCAGGAAUAAGUGAAGCUGAAAUUUGAAAAAAAAGAAAGUGAAUGCAUGCUAAUUAUCAGACCAGAAGUCCCACUUGGUAGAAUAUUGAGCAAUUUGUGUGAAGUGGGGAAGAUGAAAGAAGUCAGAAUUUGAAACGGAAGAAUGAAGAAAAGGAAUAAAAAUGAAGUUAAGAUAAGAAGUAAUCUGGAAUCUGAAAGCACUACGCUAAGAAUCCCGUUCUGCUUCCAGAAGCGGAAGCGCUCAUGGGUCUGGCAAGUCGGGGAGGCACACCCCUGCAAGAUCUCGAUCUAAGGAGGAUUCAAGGCGUUCCAGGUCAAAAUCUAGAUCCAGAUCUGAAUCCAGAUCUAGAUCAAGGAGGAGUUCCCGUAGACACUACACAAGGUCACGCUCUCGUUCCCGCUCUCACAGGAGAUCCAGAAGUAGGUCAUACAGUCGGGAUUAUCGGCGACGACACAGUCACAGCCAUUCCCCCAUGUCUACUCGCAGGCGCCACAUUGGAAACAGGGCAAACCCUGACCCAAACUGUUGUCUUGGUGUAUUUGGGUUGAGCCUGUACACCACGGAACGAGACCUGAGAGAAGUUUUCUCCAAGUAUGGUCCAAUUGCUGAUGUUUCCAUUGUGUAUGAUCAGCAGUCGCGGCGUUCGAGAGGAUUUGCAUUUGUGUACUUUGAAAACGUUGAGGAUGCUAAGGAAGCAAAGGAACGUGCCAAUGGAAUGGAGCUGGAUGGAAGAAGAAUCCGGGUAGACUUCUCCAUUACAAAAAGACCUCACACACCUACCCCUGGAAUCUACAUGGGAAGACCAACUUAUGGCAGCUCUCGACGACGAGAUUACUAUGACAGAGGAUAUGAUAGAGGAUAUGAUGAUCGUGACUAUUACAGCAGAUCAUAUAGAGGAGGAGGUGGUGGCGGAGGAGGAGGAUGGAGAGCUGUUCAAGACAGGGAUCAGUUCUACAGGAGGAGAUCACCAUCCCCAUAUUACAGUCGAGGGGGCUACAGAUCUCGAUCCAGAUCUCGAUCCUAUUCACCACGUCGCUAUUAAAGCAUGACAUGUAGAGGAAUUUCUAGCUACAGCCUUUGAGUUGAAAUUGCAAGUUUGUGGACAAUAUUUUUAUUGUCUCUUCUGUUUAAACAAGUGAACAGUGCCUAGUGAAUAGGUGACUUUUACACCUUUUAUGAAGACUACUUCUGUGAUGUUAAAUGCUGUUUCAUUCUGCAUAUUUGUGUAGUUUGGUGCUUCGUUUCAAGUUGUGUUUUGAAAGGAGUAUGUUUUGCAUGUAUUUUUUUAGUCUCAAUUUUGACUCCUGAAAGGUUUCUAUUGUAAAGACAAACUGUUCAGUUAGUUUUUUCUACUGAUUCCAAGGUAUUCUGAAGAUCAAAACCUGUGUAAAAUGCUUUCAAAAAGUGAAAAAUAAAAUAAAAAGAAGUUUGAUUUUUUUU